AUGGGGAUCUGCGCGUCCUCGGAGCACCUCGGGCAGCAGGGGCAGGAGGCGGACGAGAGCAUCGUCUACGUCAUGGACGAGGAAGGAGGGGGCGGCGCGUCGUCGCCCAGGAAGGUGGCCUCCCUCUUCUCCCAGAAGGGCAAGAAAGGCCCCAACCAGGACGCCGUCAUCCUCUGCCAGGGAUUCGGCAUGGAGGACGGCGUGUUUUGCGGCGUGUUCGACGGCCACGGCAGGUGUGGCCACUUUGUGAGCAAGCUGGUGAGGGACUACCUCCCCUUCAUGGUCCUGAGCCACCGGAACGCGCUGCUCCUGGCGGACGCGGACGCGGACGCCGACGACGCCGUGUUCAGCGACGCCUCGCCUUCGACCUCCGCGGACAGCAGCGGCAACUCGUCACCGCACCCGUCGCAGAUGCUGGAGGAGUGGAGGGAGGCCUGCACCAAUGCGUUCAAGGCCAUGGACAACGAGCUCAAGCUGCAGGCCAACAUGGACUGCAACUUCAGCGGCACCACGGCAGUGUGUGCCAUCAAGCAGGGCAAGGAUCUGAUCAUUGCCAACCUCGGGGACUCGAGGGCGGUUCUUGCGACCAUGUCUGGGGCCGGCUACCUCAAGGCCGUGCAGCUCACCACUGACCAGAAGCCCGGCCUGCCUGAGGAGGCGGAGAGGAUCAACAAGUGCGAGGGGCGCGUGUUCGCGCUGAGGGAGGAGCCGGGCGUGAUGCGUGUGUGGCUGCCCGGCGAGAACCUCCCGGGGCUGGCCAUGGCGCGCGCGCUGGGGGACUCGAGGCUGAAGCACCACGGCGUCAUCUCGACGCCGCAGGUGACGGGCCACCGGAUAAGCGACGCGGACCUGUUCAUCAUCCUGGCGACGGACGGGGUGUGGGACGUGCUGAGCAACGAGGAGGUGGUGUCCAUCGUGUGCGCCACGCCGCGGAAGCAGCACGCGUCGAAGGCCGUGGUGGAGGCGGCGGUGCAGAGGUGGAAGACCAAGUACCCGUCCUCACGGGUGGACGACUGCUCCGCGGUCUGCCUCUUCCUGCACGACCACAGCGCCGCAGCGGCCACCAAGCUCUAG